AUGGCCGCUCUGAGACUUCUACUCAGUCUUUUUGAGGCCGGUGUGUUCCCUGGUUGUUCUUUUGUCCUUACUUCUUGGUAUGAGCCCGGAGAACUUUAUCGCCGAAUGGCCAUUUUCUAUUCGGGAGCUUCUGCUGCGCUCGACGGCACUUGGGGAUACCGUGGAUGGAGGUUCAUCUAUGUUAUCGAAGGUGUAUUCACAUUUCUGUGUGCUUUGACCGGCUUCUACUUCAUCUACGACACACCAGCCAAAGUCAAAUGGUUGAGUGACGAGGAACAGGAAUUUCUCCUCCUACGUGCCAAAUUCUCCGCGGGAGGUGAAUCAGGUGUAACGGAAGAAACUCGCUUCUCGUGGAAGCCUGCUUCUGCGGCCAUGAAAUCUUCCCACAUUUAUGCCACUGCCCUUAUAGAGUUCACAUGUUGUGUGGGGGUCUAUGGAUACAGCUUUGUGCUACCCACAAUUAUCAAUAACUUGGGGUACACCGCAGCCAAUGCUCAAGCCAUGUCCGUGCCACCAUAUGUCUUCGCCUGCAUUUGUCUCAAUGUGAUGGCACUUGUUGGCUUGGUCAUCAUCAUGGUCAGUGUGAGGUAUACUAAUCUUGUCGGGGUGACGCUGUUUGGUGUCUUCAUUACGACGGCUGGCUUGUACCCUAUUUCGCCUGCGGCGGCUGCCUGGGUCUCACUCAAUUGUGCAGGAUCCAUGAAGAGAGCCAUUGUUGGUUCCAAUAUCUAUAUCGGGGACCAAGCCCCCAGGUACCCUGUGGGUUUUGGAGUCAGCAUCGGCAUGCUGGCAAUGUUUGGGUGCAUAUGGCCUAUUACAUACUACUUCAUACUCAAGCGCACCAAUGCUAAGCGAGACGCUAUAAGUCUUGAAGAGAUAAGGGCCAAAUAUACCGAAGAACAGUUGGCAGAUAUGAGCGAUUUGAGCCCUACAUUCCGAUACUCAACUUAA